AUGGCAGAAACCGAGGCCUCGCCGCAUAUCACGGCGUCGCUCGACGCGUAUGUGUUGCGACCGUUGCAGCGCGCUUCGUCCAUCAUGGGGUCGGGGGAUCUUUGGCAACGCGCCGCCGACAUGGAUGAAGUCGUCGCGGCGCACGGCUGCUCUGUUGCGAGCACCGCUGCGACGACGACGAACGAAGGGGCUGCGACAGGAAAGAAGUGGAGCGUGAUGGGGUCGACUGCGCGCAAGGUGCAGCGGAUGCUGUUUGCGGACAAAUCGGACAAAUCGGCGGCUUCUAUCGCAGACAGAAAGAACAAGCGCCUGCUGCCGUCGCUGCUCUCGAGCGCUCGCCGUCAGGAGCGCGCCGAACAGGACUUGAGUUUGCGGGUCGGCAGCUGUCGCGUGGAGAGCGCCGAGAGCGUUGCGGACGAUGGCGGAGAGGACGGCGCGGACCUCUACCGACGAAGCGCCUCGUUUCAGCACUUGGCGGUCGAUUCUUAUCAUGGCGAAAUGGCUGGACGGGAGGCGACGAGCGUGGACGAGCGAGAGGAUUCGGAACCCGGCGGCGCGGAUCCAAAUCGCCGUGCUGAUUGUGAUCUUCCAGAGGGGCGUGCGGAAGGCGUCGAUUUCAUUUCGUUGUCCCCGCGCGCGACGAGUGCGACGAAUGCGACGGGUGUACCAGAGGGCGUAGACCGACCGUGUUCUGUAAAUAAGCACUCAGCAUCGCCGCCCGAAUCAAACAGCUCACGCGACAGAAUCGUAUCGGCGCCGCCUCGUCCCGUGCGCCCGCAGACAGCCCCCAGCAAGAGCGCCGCUUCCCCCCGUUACUUCGACGCGCGUGAUCCCAUUUUUUCCCGACGCAAGACCGCGCCAGUAGCCCCUGCCGUGCUGCGCGAAUCGGGUGCUGCCUCGGGCGAGCUCAAGCCGCAGCUCGCCGACGAGCCGCUUCUCGCCUCCGCCUCGGAUUGGUCAAGCGCCGCGCUUUCCCUUGUUGCGCCCCCCCCUCCACCCAUUGACACGCCCCCCGCGCUACCGUUACCAUCCCCUGUCGUUCCCCGGCCCCCCAGCAGCGACGGAGUGGGGAACAGAAGCGGCAGGUUGAGGGCGGGAAGGGGGCGCGCGGGCGGAAGGGCGGGGGAAGGGCUUCGAGUGGAUGUGGCAGGCAGGCGCCAGCGGUCAAGGCACAGUGAUGAGCUGGCAUGGGCGGAGGCGCUAGGGGGGCAGGGGCUGGUGCGGAGCAAGACAGCGGAGAGAGAUGCGGGCGCGAGGGGGCGUACAGGCGGGGAAGUGGCUCGUGUGGGGCGACAUCACCACCUGUCGGCCUCUUGGGACUGCGAGGGGGAGAUUGGCAUGGGGAGGGAAGACAAGGGGGCGUUCCCUGUUAGGGUUGAGAGCUUGGACGAAGCAAGUUGGGGGAGUGUUUCGGGGAGGGAAAGGCCAACCUCAUCGGGAGGAAGGGUGCCUAUCACUGCGGCAAGGAUGGGGGCUUGUUCCUCAUGCGCCGUCUCCCCCUCCAUCCCCCUCUCUUCCCCCCUCUCCCCCUCCUUCCCCCUCUCUCCCCCUCCCUCCCCGUUACUCCCCCUCCUGCCGCUCGCUCGGUGCAGCGCAGGUGGCGUCAGUGGCGCAGUGGUGCACAUUCAACAUUAUCAUGAUCCUCGUCAACAACGAGAUCUUCCAGGUGCCACCCCACCCCGCCACUCACCUCACUCCCCUCCCCUCCAUCACUUCUUGUUUGCAUGCCUGUCGUGUCUGCCUCUCCACUGUACCCCGCCUCAUUUCCCUCCGCCCCUCGGCCCCUCAUUCCCCGCUGCCCCGUGUCUCUCUGCCCCGCUGGCGCCCCGCACCCCCGCCCCCCCUGGCCUGAUCCCCCACCUGCAGCGGUACGGCUUUGCCUUCCCGCUCACGCUCACCGCCAUCCACUUCGCGCUCUCAUUCGUCGGCGCCUUCACGGCUAUUGAGAUCCUGCAGGUGUGUCCCAAGGCGGAGGUGGAGGCGGGGGAGAUGGUGGCGUGGGUGAUGCCCAUGGCGGUCGUCACCUGCUUCAACGUGGUGCUCGGCCAGCUCUCCCUGCGCUACGUGCCGCUGCCCGCCCUCCUCUCCACCAAGGCCCUCUCGCCCGGCCUCACAGUGGCUAUCCAGGCGCUGGCGCUACAGGCGGAGUACGACUGGCGGCUGUGCCUCUCGCUGCUGCCGGUGAUGGCGGGGGCCAUGCUGGCCUACGCGCCCUCCGUGCACUUCGCGCUGCCCACGUUCCUGUCGGCGCUGUGCUGUGUGGUGCUGGGCUGUGCCACUGUCAUCUGUGCCGAGGUGCUGCUCAAAGGCAAGCAGUACAGCCUCGACUCCCUCAACGCCCUGUACCAGCUGGUGCCGUACUCGGCGCUCAUUCUUGCGCCACCAGCAGCAGUGCUGGAGGGGUGGCAGCUGUGGGGGUGGUUCAUGGCUCAGGCCAACCCCUGGCCCGCUGUCAUCGCCAUCCUCAUUAGUGGCUGCUUUGCUUUCUGCCUCAACUUCUCCCUCUUCUACACGAUUCAAAAGACCAGUGCGCUGACGUUCAACGUGGCGGGCAAUCUGAAGCUGGUGAUAACUCUCAUCUUCUCCUGGCUGCUCUUCCGCACGCCCAUGGCCCCCAUCAGCCUGCUCGGCUGCCUGCUGGAGCUCGUAGGCGUGGUGUGCUACGGCUGGGCGAUCUUUUCCAUGCGCAAGCAACAGGUGGAGCUUUUGAGAUCGCCCUCUGCGCAGGUUAGGGUGGAGCAGGAGGCUAGUGACGACAUUGUGCAGGUGUACCUAGGAGCCAUGCUCGAGUGCAAGGCGGCAGUCGUUGCUAGGCUUCGGAAUCUCGACGCCGCGGAAUGGGGAAUGCUGUGGGAGAACGCGGCGGCGGCGGACGAGGAGGAGGAGGAAGAGCCGUUGGAGCAAGUGCCGCACAGCGCGCCGUUUUCUCUGUCAAGCCCCAUGACAGGGGCUGCUGGGGCGAUCAGUGCGAGGCGGAGCUGGGCGUGGCGCGAGAAGAUGAGGUCGUUCGGUCGACAAUUAAUGCCGCGGCGCGGCAGCUGCGACGACCUGAACGUCGCAAUUGCGACGGCUUCUGUAACGCCGGCGAAGCGAGCGAAAUCGUUUCCAGAGUCGAAGGAGCGCGGCAACGAGAAGGGCGCGAGGCGCGGGCGGUCGCGCGCGGACAGCCGGGGCGUGUGGCGGAGCGUGUACGAGCCGCGGUGGCUGGAGGAAGGGCUGGCGGAAACCUCUGGGGACGACGAGCGGCGACCGCACGGCGCAAAUCGCGACGAAAUGGGAGUGCGCAACGACACGGCGCAGCGCGCGGGGGAAUCAGGGUUCGCGGGCAGGGAGGGUUCGGCGCGCUACCAGCUGUUGCGACAUAACUCGCUUCCCUGCGCGUGUGCCUCGCAAAAGUGCCGCUCCUUGGCGCACUGCCCCCUCCACGCCGCCAACCCCCAUCCCCGUGCUCCGCGGUGA